AUGGGCAGUCCUGACACGGAGGUGGAGGUCGACCCUCAUGACCUUGAGGAGGCUCUUCAGGGAGCCACCGAAGCCUUGCAGCAUGCAGAGGCCAUGCUUGCCAAAGGUGGCUGCGGUGAGCUCUUUGUCGGCUCGGAAGAGGUUGGCCUUGGAGAUGGUUUGAGACGGAGGCAUGACGGCAUGGACGAGAGGGAUGUGUUUUUGUCGCUAAUGCGAUCUCUGCCCGGUGAGAGUCAAGCUUCGGGCCGGCAGCCUUUCGGGACUGCCAGAGCGCAAAGUGGGCAGACGCACGCUUGUGGACCAGGUCUUGCCGGUUCACGCUUGCAGCGGAUGAAAUCCACGAUGCAGUUACACAGAAUCGUGGAAGCGCCGGAUUCGCAGGAACCCGAACUUAGCCCUCGGAGCCAAGGCAGUGAUAAAAUGGUCCCGAACCCGGCCUCCCCGAGUGACAAGCUGCAGCUGGCCAUUCAGCAGGUUCACAAUCUCAGCAAGCAGCUGGAGAGUGUUGGAGAGAUCUACAAGGACUUAAAGUCUCAGCUCGAACCAAUGCAGCAGGAGUACCAGCGCAGGUUUGAUGAGUGCCGUUUUCUGGAAUCGCAAUGCCGCCGGUUAGAUGUGCAUUGCCGCCUGUUGGAAGACCGGGUCAGUGCUGCAGAGGCCAGUGGCACCAUCCCUCGAAGUCAGCCGCUGUCAAGCGCAUCCAUCCGGCAAACAGACAGUCCCAAGGCGGCCCCGGUCCAGAUCUCUCCUGCACGUGCUGCACUUCACGGUGCUGACCUUGAGGACAUGGAAAGACAGGACGUCAUUCGCCACAUACGAGGCAAAGCUCCUCCUCCGCUGCCGCCGCUCCCUGCGCAACUCGGCAGCGAGGUGACGGCAUCUACCGACUCCAGCGGUGUAGCUGGUGCUGAAGCACGGCCGGGCUCCUCCCCCGAAGAGGAAGAGGACCUGAUCUCCGUGGCAACGGCUGCACUAGCUGGCCAAACUAGAGUCAUAUUCUUGGACGUGGAUGGUGUGCUCAACAGCCGUACAUCCCGAGAAGCUGCAAACAGUGAUGUGCCUCCCACGGACAUCAUGGAGCAUCUCAAAUUUCUGAUUGACAACACCCAGUCCAAGAUAAUCCUAUCCUCUACUUGGCGCUUGGUUGACCACAAAAGAACUCAGCUGGAGAAUCUCUUUCUGCAGUAUGGUCUAUCUGUCAAUGGCUCCACCCCCGACCUGGAGAAAUCCGCGAAGGGCGACCGAGUUGAUGAAAUCCUGCUGUGGCUCGAGAUGAGAGCUGCCAAGUCCGAGCAUGUGCACGCGUGGAUUGCGAUCGAUGACAUGGAUCUACUAAGGCUUGAUGAAGACCUUGCAGAGGACGUCACAUCGCUGAAGAAGUCGUGCCGGCGCACCGAUGAAAUUGCCAGAACAGCCCGGCACAGGGAGGUUUAUCCCCGUCGUUCAAGGAUGCUCGCAGGCCCCAGCAGUGCAAAUGACGCAUACUCACGGCACAUUGCAAGCCGCACGAGGACCUGCUGUACCACAGCAGUAUGUUUCACUGCUGGUCGUGCCAGCACCGUCAGCCGCGAUGGGAUCGAUGAGCGCAUCCACCGGGCAUCUUGGCCAAGAGGCCACCCAAGUGAUGCCGGGCAUAGCGUGUCCCAGAACUUCCGUUGCGAUGCGUCGAGUGUACUCCGCUCCGCAGCUCCUAGGCUUGAGAUCGUUUUCCUCAGCUCCUGCCCAGUUCUAGUCAGUGACAGUAGGUCUCACGUGCCCAAGAAGGGCUCGCAGCUAAUGUGCAUUGGGAGCUCCAGGCUCCCUGGAGCAGACCGGUCUCUCCUUUCCCGAGUUGGGUUAGGCAUGGCCCGUUUGGCUCUCGCCCUUGCCAGCACUGCCAGCGUGCUGCUGGCAGUCAGAUGCAUUGGAACUGGUCCGAUGUGGUCGAGUCCUGCUUUUCUUGCGCCAGCGCCACAUUCAUCCAUGCGGCCUGUUGCCAGCAGGCCUACAGUGCCACGGCCAGUCCAGCAGCUUACCAAACAGGACUCUCACGACAGAAGUAGCUUCGGCUUCCUGGGCCUGUGUGCGGUGUUGACACUGCCUGUGCUGGUGUCCAGAGUUACAUGUGCGGCAAAAUGGGGGCGACGAAAACCCAACAAGCCAACAGACUGGGAUCAUGAACGUCUCGGAUAUCGCAUCAAAGGUGGUCCUGGCUGGAACGGCUCCCCGCACACCUGGACGGAGCGCAUUCGCUGGGUCCACCGCUACAGAAGGCGCAUCCACAUUCGUCGGAAGGCUGGUGCAGUCGUCCUGACUUGGGCUCGUCUCAUGAAAGGCUACUCAAGCACACCUGGACUCUGGACUUUACCAACACACUGGUUGAUGAGCUGGUGCACAAGAUGA